AUGAUUGAGAGAUCGUCAAGUCGUAAGCGUAACAGUGUGUAUUUGGGAAAUGUUGGGGCAGGCCCAAAGAAAAAGGUUCGUUUCGUUACGCCAGAAAAACCCGUCUCUGGUCUAGGACAGUCAAUUUUAAGUCGUCCACCCUUCGAGGAAGAGAGUGACAACGACGAGGUCAAUACCCCUGUCACAACUCCCAACAUCCCCAAUCCUCAAUCUUUACCCCGAUCAACGUCGGAGACAACGUCAGUCCGUGUCAUACCAAGGCAGGAACAAAUGCAGGCAGACAACAACAUACGAACCUCGAGCCCUGAUAAGGUCAAGCAUGUGGACAACCUGGUUUAUAAGCUUGAGAAAGAACAAGAGAAAGCCCGGAAGCAAGUCCAACAACAAGAGAACGAUUGGAAACAAGCACAGCAUCAAGCCAAGUACAACUCUCCAUCGCGCGGGACUGAGGAGCCUAUUACCUUUGUAAAAAAUCGGCACCUUCUUCGAUCUCUGAGAGCGCCUGAAACUCCUACCAAACAGCCACGCAAGCCAUCAAAAUUCCAAGAGGAUUUGGACAAUCCACCAGAGUCUGCCUCUCAGCUCUCCAACGCUCCUAUACUUACACCAGUUCCGACUUACAGUCUCGCGGCCUCUACUCCCGUCGCUUGGACAGAUCUCAUGGCACUUGGCUUUACUGAGGAGCAUGUGAAGAACUUUGAGCCCAAUGAUCUGGACAACAAAGUGUGGGAUUAUCUGCACAGAAAUCCGCCUAUGGAAUGGGCGACAGUCAAAAAGAUACUCGACUAUUCGGGGAUGGCAUACGUCCUCGAGACCUUGAAGACCAGGCAGCUAUUACUUGGAGCCCAACUUUCUCUCACGAAAGGAAAGAGCCAGGUACCAGCAGAAACAUCUCCUGUGGGACAGCCACAGCCACAGCCACAAAUACAGCCGCUGCAGCAGACUGAGGUCAACAACAGCCAGCCUCCCAGACCAGCCAAAACAACAGCGGCUGCACCUGUUCCUCAACCACGACCACCCCAAGCUCUCGGCCGGGUGACUGAUGCUAAGAUUCUAGCCGAUACACUGGAGCAAGAACGCCUCACCUGGUCCAUCAAAGCAGCAGAAUCUCAGCAACGUAUCAAAGCCCUCGAAGAAGAAGCCGCCGCAGAAAAGCUCCGAAUCCAAGAACAAGAACAGCAACUACAGCUUAAGGCUGAAGUCGUCGACAAGUACCAGAAGUUAAGGGAAGAGCACCAAACACAGAAGGAGAGUCUCAAGGACGAACGUCUACAGCGCAAGAAGGCCGAGAACGAUGCAAAGAAAGCCCAGAACGACCUCGCUAGACGAGCUCUUGUACAAGCCGGUUCAGGCAGAAAACACGCCAAAGCUACGAAUCUUGGGUUUGCAUUUCCUCUAGAGGAGGGAGAUGAAGAGGAUGAAACAGUGCAGAAGAAAGCUUCUACCAAACGCAGGGCGACGAAAUCAACUACAAACGCCGAUCUUCGAGUAGACGGGCAUCCGACGACGGCAGGGAAAUCGUUGCCUCCAGCUGCCAUUCAAGCUCUCUACAAGCAUCUUGGUAACUGUAAAGACGAGGACGAGGCGGAAGAGCACACGCAGCCAGAACCGAUCCAGGAGAAAGACCUUAUCCAUUUUGUGUACACGGUUUAUCGCAAACAGUGGCUCAAAGGAGAGCAAGAGCCAGACGACGACGAUAGUGACACACUCGCCUGUGGCACUUACACCCAUCUCAACGAAGCCAAUGCAGAAGUCACCAACGAAAUCCUGCGUCCUCAUGGCACGUCCAUUAUCAGAAUCGAUCCUUUGCAAGACAGAACUCUGCACCAAGGAGUAGGCAACUAUAACAUGGCAUGGGCACAGAUAGAUGUACCUACUGGCUCCGUCAAGGUCUGGGUUGAGAGGCAACUGCACACAGAAUAUAAAGGCGAGCUUCCACUCUUCGAGGCCAGAGGUCUACUCUCCAAGAUUGUGUUUGCAGUCAGACAGGAAAUCUCGACUGCAGAUACGGAAACUGCGCCGGUUAUUGAGGAGGACGAGGAGAUUUAUACCACAUUCGACUUGGCGAACAACAAGGCUUCUGAGAAAGUCUUCAAGAUGCAGUGGCCAGACACGCAAUCUCUGCGCAUGGACGAUGUUCUCGCCAGAGAAAAGGCGAAUCAGGCCAGAAAGGAGAUGUUGGAGGACUUGGAAGACAACGGAAAGUGGUUCUCUGAAGAACUCAGCAGGGACGACGGAAGCAAGAUCAAAGUCCUCAUCGUGCAAAAGACCGUGGUUGGACCCAGAAAUUGA